AAAGGCAGCUGGUGACUUUGGUGGCUGGGAUCCGGAUCUGGAAAGAAAGGCAUGGGAGGAAGAGGAAGUGGAAAUAGGGCAGCCGGGUGGCUCCGUUAGCCUCUCCACUGUCCUGGCUCCAUGCUGUGGGAUCAUGGGAGUUGUAGUUUGGAGAGGCACCAGCCCUCUUUGGCAAAGGGAUCUCAAGAUCUUCUGAAACUGCAAUUUCACUAUUGUAGCCUUUAUGGUUUGUGCAUUACAGUAGAGUCUCGCUUAUCCAACAUAAACGGGCCAGCAGAUAAUACAGAACCAAAACAUUCGUGCUUUGCAAAUCGACAGAAAAAGCAGUUCAAUACAAGGUGCAGCCUAUGCAAGAUGCCUGUCAAUGUGAAUGACGUGAUGCAGCUCCUGUGCCAUGUGUCAGAAGAGCGGAAAAUGAAGGCGGCUGUCAAGCACUCUGGACGGGGCGCGUUGGUGGCCGGUGCCACCGCUUUUGUUGGGGGAUUGGUGGGAGGCCCUCCCGGCAUAGCCGUAGGAGGGGCCGUUGGUGGCUUGAUCGGGGCCUGGAUGACCAGCGGACAGUUCAAGCCCAUUCCUCAGAUUCUCCUGGAAUUGCCUCCCGUGGAGCAGCGGAGGCUCUACGACCGGGCCUUCGCCAUCAUCAGCAAUUUAGACUGGACUGACGCUGCACAGCUCAUCGCCCUCGUCAUGGGAAACGUGGCCAUUCAGGAAAAGUUGCUCACCGUGCUGACUACCUACAUCACCAAUGAACUCAGAGCAGAAAUCCAGUAUGGAAGCUAGAUUCCGACCUCAAUCCGAUUGUGUUUGACAUUUUCUUCUUAUUGUUUUUUUCAGGGUGCAGAGGAUGUUUUUUAUAGUGAAGAAUAGAUUUACUAUGAAUAAAUGAAGUAGAUCAAAGUAGUAGUCAUCUUGGUAAGAUAACAGUGAUUCCUAAAAAAGAGUCACAUGUGACUGGUUUGACUCCUUCCUCUGCUCCAAUACCAGAAUCUCUUUUCCCUAAACAUUUUCCUUUGUUGCCCUUAAUUGCCAGCACCUUAAUUUUGAUCUCUGUGUGUAAUUGUGCUCACUUGAAGAAAUACCUUGGCUGGGUAUCCAAAUAAGCAUGGCUCUCUGGAUGAGCAAGAGAAUGCUGCAAAAGUAGUAUUUCGGUAGCUGGUCAAUGAGGGCAUCUUAUUCAAAGCUUGGAUAAACUUAGUUUUUGAACUACAUAUCUAAAUGCGCACAAGACUGGUUUAGGGAUUGAAACUAUGGCAGUCCUUGGAAGUAGGCCUGAUCCAGCUGGCAUUCUAAUAAAAUAAUGCUACAGUGGGCAAGCAAGAGGAUUGUACUGGUCAAUGUGAAUCUCUUAACAUUAGAUAUGGAUAACUUUGCUAUGAUUUGCUGUGUAUUUUGGUAUUUUUUUUCAUAACACUGCUUGGAAUGAUCGUUGUCAAGAUGCCUUGAUUUAUUUACCUCACUUAUUGUGAAGGACAUUUUUUUAAAAGAGCAUUAUGUGAGUGAUUAAGACUACAUUAUGGUUCUGACUUAACAGCAGCUGGACAGAUGAAAUAACUUAAUUUUGGAUUUAUUUGUUCUUUGUGUAUAUAUAUAUAUUUAUAUCUUGUUUUGUGUAUGCAUUUGUAUCCUGCUUUUCUACAAAAAAUGUUCCCAUGGUGGAUAACCACUAUCACAUGACCCCUGUAUCCACAGGAGAUAUGUUCAAAGGCUCACUGUGGAUACCUGAAACUUUGGAUAAUAAUGAACCUUAUAUUUUGACUGUACAUGUGCUGAAGCAUACCAUAAAAUCACACUGGAGAACCAAGAGAAGCUCACAAACA